AGGCGGGGCCUGGAGAGGAAAAGGCGGGGCUUCGCAGAAAAUGGUGGCUGAAAAGUUUUUUUUCCCACUUUCGGAAUCAUAGAGAGCUGACGGAAAGAGCGGAGGACGGAGGAUCCCGGCGGAUGCAGGAAAGAAGCGCCGCCCGAGAGGGGACGGCGGCGAUUGGCAGGAGGAGGUCCUUACACGCUAAAAGGGAGGAACUUCCGGAAAGAAAAAAUAGCCAAUGAGCGAGUUUCUUCAAACGGCGAUAGAAGAGCCCGGAUGAAGGCAGAGGCCAGGAGGAAGAGGCGGAGCUUGGCCAAAAAAACGGAGGAAGGCCGGUCUGGUUCUUACUUUCGGUAUCAGAGAGGCGAGCUUGCGCACGCGGCCGAGGAGGACGGAGGAUGGCGGCGGAUGCAGGAAAGAGGCACCGGCCGAGAGGAAGAGGAGGAGAGCGGGCCCCGCGGAGAAGACCUGCAUGUCCUGGCGCGGCUUCCCCGGGAGACGGCGGGGAUAGGCUGGGGGGCUCCGGGGCUGCAGGAGGGAGGAGCCCAGGGGGAGCCCGGGAAAGGCGGCUGCCUGGAGGGCGAUGCGGGGAGGAGGAAACGGGCAGAGACCCCAAGACGGGCCUGGAGGGCGGAGGCUCCUUCAGAAGACCCCGAAAGCCCCAAAGGAUCCAGGAAGGAGGAAAGGAACAUCAGUGCCCAGAAUGUUGGAAAACUUUCCAAAAUAAUGAAAAUCUGGAAAACCAUCUAAGGAUCCACAAAGGAGAGGAGAAAUAUCAGUGCCCGGAAUGUGGGAAAACCUUCAAAAGAAAUAGAGAACUUGAAAACCAUCUAAGAAUCCACUCAGGAGAAAAAACAUUUAAAUGCACAGUGUGUGAAAUAUCCUUCCAAAGGAAUGACCUCCUUAAAAGGCAUCUAAGGAUCCACAAAGGAGAGGAGAAAUAUCAAUGCCCAGAGUGUGAAAAAUCUUUCAAAAGAAACGACCGUCUUGAAAGCCACCUUAGGAUCCACUCAGGAGAAAAACCUCACAAGUGCCUGGAGUGUGGAAAGAACUUCAGUCAGAGGAGCAACCUUUAUAGACAUCAAAGGAUCCACUGGAGAGAGAAACUGAAUAAAUGCCUGGAAAGCGGAUGGUCCUUCGGGAGGCCCCAAAGGAUCCAGGAGGGAGGAGAGAAAUAUCAAUGCACGGAAUGCGAAAAAUCCUUCAAAACAAACAAAAACCUCGAAAACCAUUUGAGAAUCCACACGGGAGAGAAACCGUUUCAAUGCCUAGAAUGUGGGAAAUGUUUCACUCAGAGGGGAACUCUUAAUGCCCAUGAAAGAAUCCACACUGGAGAAAAACCGUAUAAAUGCCUGGAAUGUGGAAAAACCUUCCGUUUGAGUGGAAACCUUUAUGCCCAUCAAAGAAUUCAUUCAGGAGAAAAACCGUUUAAAUGCCUACAGUGCGGAAAAAGCUUCAGGCUCAGUGGGAACCUUUAUAUACAUACAAGAACCCACACUGGAGAAAAGCCAUAUAAGUGCUGGGAGUGUGGAAAAAGCUUCAUUGUCAGCGGACAUCUCCUUCGACAUCAAAGAAUUCACAUUGGUGAAAAGCUGCAUAAAUGCCCAAAAUGUGAGGAGACCUUUAGUGAUAGGGAAAGCCUUUGUAAACAUAAAAAAAUCCACGCCAGAGAAAAACUGCAUAAAUGCCUGGAAUGUGGAAAGAGCUUCGGUGAGAGGAGAAGCCUUUAUAAUCAUCGAAGAAUUCACACUAGAGAACAAAUCUGGAAAUGCCUAGAGUGUGGAGUGUCCUUCCCAACACUCAAAAGUCUGAGAAAUCAUCAAAGAAUCCACAGGAGAGAAAAGGAAUAUAAAUGCCCGGAGUGUGAAAAGAGCUUCAGUCAGAAGGGACAUCUUUAUAGACAUCAAAGAAUCCAUUCAGGGGAGAAACCAUACGAAUGCCUGGAGUGUGGAAAGAGCUUUACAGAGAGCGCACAUCUCCGUCAACAUCAAAGAAUCCACACAGGAGAGAAACCGUAUGAAUGUCUGGAUUGUGGAAAGAGGUUCCGUCAAAAUGGGAGCCUUUAUAUGCACCAAAGAAUUCACACGGGAGAGAAGCCGUAUAAAUGCUUGGAGUGUGGAAAGAGCUUUACUGAUGGCGGACACCUCAGUCAACAUCAAAGAAUCCACACGGGAGAGAAACCCUAUCAGUGUCUGGAUUGUGGAAAAUCUUUCAGUCGGGUACAACACCUCCAGCGGCAUGAAAGAAUUCACACUGGACAGAAGCUAUAUCAAUGUACAAAGUGUGGAAAGAGUUUCAGUCACAAGGCAAGCCUUUAUACACAUCAAAGAAUCCACUCGGGAGAAAAACCCUUUAAAUGCCUGGAGUGUGGAAAAUGCUUUACUCAGGGUGGGCAUCUCUGUCAACAUCAAAGAAUUCAUACGGGAGAGAAACCCUAUAAAUGCCAGGAGUGUGGAAAAAGCUUCAGUCAGAGGGGAAACCUCCAUAUACAUCAAAGAAUCCAUUCAGGUGAGAAAUCCAAUAAAUGCCUGGCACUGGAAAGAAAUGUACUUAGUGUGGAUACCUUCACGAACUUCAAAGAGUUCGCACAGGAGUAAAACCGUGUCCAUGCCUGGAGUGUGGAAAGAGCUUCAGUGACAAUGUAGGUCUCCGUAAAUAUGGACUUCACCCAGAGAAGAAAGUUUACAGAUGCACCGCGUGAAAAAUCCUGUAAAACAAACGGAAAUCUCCGAAAUCAUAGAUUUGAGAUUUCACGGAAGGAUCUACAGAGAAACAAAAUCAUAGAAAUUGACAGGUAACCGUUUCCCCUGUUCACUUGUAUCUGAAUCUAAGGACGCUACUCAUCUCUGUUUCUUAGCCGAGGGAGCCAGCAUUUUCCGAAGACAUUCCCGUUAUCACGUGGCCAGCGUGACUAUACCCUGAUGCACCUGGAAUGCUGUUAUCCUACCAAAAAAGUGCUACCUUGCACUUGCAUUCCCAGGCUUUCAAAUUACUAAUUGGGCAGGACAAGAGAUCACUCCAUCACGCAACUCUUUGUCAAGCACAGGAGACACAAACAGUUCAAAUGUGUAUAAAGAUUUAUCGUGAACUUAAGCUCUCCACAAACUUAACUAUUGAAAUAACAGUCAAAAGAAAUUAGUGGGAGUUAAUAGAAAGGAAUUCAAGGUGGGCUGGACUUUUGGGGUGAAGGGACUCAUGACUGAUGAUGCAUUUGACCUCUGCCUCCAGCUCAACUAGUUCUUGGGUCUCGAACCUGAGUUGACAAGGUCAGAGUCUUUAACCGCCGAGUCAUCAUUCCCCCUUGUAAGUAGAGUGUUGCUACAAUGCUUCAGUACCCAGCAAAGUCAGUCUACCCCUGGUUAUAAUGCACAAGGCUUUUUUUAAGGACUAAGACACUCCUUGAACAAAACACAUCUAAUUGCCAUUUUAAGGUACAGAUGUAGAUACUUAAUCUUCAUUGCCAUCUCAACCUGUGUGUUUCAACUUGACUUAUAAUGUAUGAUCAGCCCGAAGCAUUAAGCAUCAAACUUUUAAACGGGACCGUUUUACUAUUUCCUUUCUUGCUAUGGUUCGUUUAAUGGAUGUGCUCUUUUCUGUGGCCUCAUUUGAUAUUAUAAUUUCAUCGUUCAAAUUGUUAAA